CAUUUCUAUUCUACUCAACAACUCAAACCUGAGAACUGAUUUGAAGUUUGUAAUGGACCCAAAGUUCAGCGGAAAGCCGAUACCCGUUAAAUUUGUAGCGGGUCGAACCGAGUUAGAGCAGAUGCCGGAUACUCCGACCCGAAUAGCACGUCACCGUCGAGCCCAAUCAGAGACAUUCUUCCGUUUCCCAGACUUCACUGAAGAUGAUGAUAUCCUCUUAGACGACGUCGUUGCUGACUUCAACUUAGAUAUCUCCUCCGAUACCCACAUGCACCAACAACAACCGGCUAAUUCAGCUGACACGUCAUCAACUGGACCCGGUUUAGUUAACCCUAGACCGGGUCUGAAUCACUUUAGGAGUCUAUCAGUUGACGCUGACUUUUUUGAUGGGUUGGAGUUUGGUGGUGGUGACGUGGCGGCGGUUGAGGAGAAGAAGGUGAUUGGUUCGGGUACGGGUUCCGGGUCGGGCUCUCGGAGGCAUAGGCAUAGUAAUUCGAUGGAUGGGUCGUUUAGUACGGCGUCGUUUGAAGGGGGUGAGUGUAGCAGUUCGGUUGCUAAGAAAGCUAUGGCGCCUGAUAGACUUGCUGAGUUGGCUUUGAUUGAUCCAAAGAGAGCUAAAAGGAUUCUUGCAAACAGACAAUCUGCUGCACGUUCGAAGGAGCGGAAAAUACGUUAUACUAGCGAACUGGAGAGAAAGGUGCAGACUCUGCAGACUGAAGCUACUACUCUAUCGGCACAAAUCACGGUUCUGCAGAGAGACAAUAGUGGAUUGACUACUGAGAACAAAGAACUCAAACUACGGUUGCAAGCUUUGGAACAAGAAGCCCAUCUUAGAGACGCUCUGAAUGAAGCUCUGAGAGAAGAACUGCAGCGACUAAAGAUAGCAGCUGCAAAUGGAAGCAGGGGCACAUAUCCACAUUUCCCUCCCCAGCCGCAGUCAUUUGUCCAAUGUGCUACCACAAGUAGCCAAAAUAUUGGUGGGCAGACCCAACCUAGCUUCAUGAACUUCAAUAACAGGGGUUGAAAAUGUCAAAAAGGCAACACAUCACUAAUGAGUAAUUAGCAUAGAGCCUUGUUGUAUAUAUUGAUAUGUAAUGAAUAGUGUUACAGACUCGGUGCAUUCUGAUCAUAUCACUUUGUACCAUUAUCAAUACUAGUUACGUGAAUGCUAUGGCAUAUAUACUUGUUUUAUAAACAGCAGUUAGAUAUCGUUCAGCAUC